AUGAGCUCGGUCGAUCCUGGAUCAGUGCCGCCAUUGGGCGCUGUCCAACCUCAAGCAUCCAGCAGUACAGCCAACACAUCACGUAGCUCGCACGAUGCGGGGUCCAUCACCGUCGGAUCUUCUUCCCAAAACGUCUCUAACAACGGACUCACCAAUCGCAAAUCCAACAGCAAAACAUCACACAUCAACGACGAAAAGAACUACUCAUCUACCGAGACAACUCCCACCAUUGCUACAUCCUCAAAGGAAACAAAGAGAUGUGGCAGUCCAGCAAUGUACCCCCUCUUCGACGGCGACCUGCCGUGGUCUCAACGCUCUUGGGCAUACCAACUCGUCCCCUUCCGUGGAAUGUGGUAUGAUCUCCGUCGUCGCCAACCCUAUCUCGCCUCGGAUUGGACCGACGGCUUCGAACCACGCAACUGGUGGACCGUCUUCAACUCUGUCAUCCGGAUGUACUUUAUCAACCUCAUGCCUGCCCUCGCUUAUAUUCUGGAUAUGAACUACCGCACGGACGGUUCGUACGGGGUGAACGAAGUCAUCCUAGCUUCGGCCCUAGCUGCGAUCGUGUUCUCCAUCUUUUCCGUCCAACCGCUCACUUUUGUAGGCGUGACGGGUUUGAUCAAUUUGGUCAACUAUACGCAGUACAACAUCUUCGUUGGAUACUAUGGGUUCGAUAGGAUGGAGUACUUGAGGAUACAGGCUUGGUCGUUGAUCUGGGCGGCAGGAUUCCACUUCGUGGUGGCAAUCUUUAAUGUAUGCGAUUUCACCCGGUUUAUUACUGAUAUGACUAGCGAGACGUUCGGCUUCUACGUAGGCGUCAUCUACAUCCAGAAGGGAAUCGAACUCUUGAUCGAAGAAUUCAAUCCAUUGCCAUUGGACAACACAACAGGCUGGCUCUCAGUAACGAUCGCAAUCCUCUUCACCGUUUCCGUCUACCUCGUUGCCAAAGUGGGAAACUCAACAUACCUCCCCUUCCGCAUUCGAAACCUGGUAGCGGGGUACGCAUUCGCAGCUGGGUGUAUAUUUUGGACCGGCUUCAGCCAUUUCCCGAAAAACUCCUUGGAGAGGGUACCGAUAGAAAGAUUGCCUAUCACAAAAGCGUUUUUCCCAUCUUUGGACAGAUCAUGGUUUAUCGACUUUUGGAACAUCGAACUGAAGUACGUCUUUGUUGGUGCACCGUUGGGAUUUUUGAUCAUGUUGCUGUUCUACUUUGAUCACAACGUUAGCAGUGUCAUGUCUCAAGCGAGGAAUUAUCCUGUGAAGAAACCUGCUGGGUUUCAUUGGGAUUUCUUUCUGCUCGGAAUCACGACGCUCGUUUCUGGGUUUCUUGGUUUGCCGGCGCCGAAUGGGUUGGUUCCCCAGGCUCCGGUUCAUACCGAGACGCUUUCGGUUUAUGCUCAGGUGGAGAAAGACGAUCAUACAAAACGCAUCGCUAACGAGACCUCCUCCAAGAACAAACGCAAGAUGAAGACUGUCAAGCAACACCAUAUAGUAAACGUUCGAGUGGUGGAAAACCGCCUUUCGCACUUCAUCAUUGGUCUUUUAACACUUGGAACUAUGACUCGCCCUCUCUUGGUCGUACUCGGUACAAUGCCCCGCGCCGUAUUCGCCGGAAUCUUCAUCCUGGUCGGGUGGGCCUCCAUCGAACGCAACAACAUAACCAUGCGAACUCUUGCCAUCUUCCGCGAUCGUCAUCUCUCUCCCGCCGACGAACCAUUGAACUCUAUCCGCCGCAGUAAAAUCGCCCUCUUCGUCGGAAUCCAAUGGCUGUUCGCAGCAAUGACAAUCGCCAUCUCCGCUACAAUCGCAGGAAUCGGGUUCCCAGUGAUCAUCACACUCUUGAUUCCACUCAGAUAUUGGGUGGUUCCGAAGUGGUUUAGCCCGUUAGAGUUGAAGGUGUUGGAUGCGGCAACGGCGGAUGCGGAUGGUGUUUUGGCGAGUUUGGGUCAUGAACCGGAGAGAGUUACGGGGAGGGGAGUGGAGAUUGCGUUGGAUACGGGGAUUGCUGGUGAGCUGUACCCGAGGAAAGGGCUGGAUGAGGAGGAGGAGGGGAGGGGGGAUAAGUUUGCUUCGGAGGUGAGGGAUGAGUAUGCGAAGAGGAGUAGAAGGGUGGGUGGGAACGAUGAAGAGGCGAACAUUGGUGGUGGCGGGGGUGCGGUUCGGAGUGUUGCUGGGGUUGGUGGGCGUGAGACGGCUGAUCCGGAGAGGCAUGUUGCUGCUGCGUCGGGUGAGGGGAUUAUUGCUGGGGGGUUGGGGUCCGGUGCUGCAGCUGCUGCUGAGGAUGAUCGCAAAGAGGAGGCUGAAGAGAUCGCUGAGGAGCAAGAUGAAGAGCAAGAGGAAGAGGCCGAUAAGGGUAAGAGUAUCGAGCGAGAAGAGACGCCAGCUGACCCCGCACCUGCUGUUAUCGCUGCCCCUGCCCAACCACGAGCAUCUUCCAGCUCGCGGUCCGUCGACCAGGUCGGCCAAGCUACACCAACCGGACAGCCAAAGUCGCCAAGGAAACCUCGCUUCGUCUCAAUCGAGAACCCACGUAGAGGCGCUGGUUCGCCUCCACCGCCUGUGCAGUGGCGCGAUUCUGAUGCCUAG